GGUAAACCGCUAACUAAAAACUACCAUCAGAAAGAAAAUCAUUUUUUGUAAGGUCCCGUAAGUCGUUUUUACCAAGAUGCGAACAGGGCCUUCCAUAAUUUCAAGAAAUCGCGUAUCAUUAUACUAAUGACGAUAUUAUUCAAACGCACGAGUCACCAUUAGCUACGAACAGCCAUAGGACCUUUCCUAUGGCUGUUCGUAGCUAAUGGUCAAGUAAUGCGAACUCAGAAGAAAUCAUAACAAUCUCCUGCGCUGCCUACGGAUCCACAAAUAUGUAAAUCAUCUCAUUAAAAUAAACAACUCCAACAGCAAGCUUUAUCCUCGUUUCUUAAGAUGCGGAAUAUUUGGCAUGCACUCAUUCGUUAGCCAGUUACCGGUAUUGACAUGCGCGUCCAGCGAGCCAUUAUAAAAUUUAAAAAGAUAAAUUGUGAAGCGGUAUUUGUGAUUCUGAUUCAUAAGUGUAAAGCGCCAACAGUGUUUACAUAGAUACAAGUUAUGGAGAACAACACAGCAUCACCUAUUAUGGAAUUUGUGACUAAUGAGACUCUUAUUAAGCAAGUGGCUAACUUCUUCAACGUUAGUGUAGCGAAUGUGUCAAACCAAAGUGUAGUGCAGCAAGAGACACUCUUCGAUUUGUACGAAGCCUACAGGACGAAGGAAAAGGAGCAGUUGAUAGCGUACAAAAUUGUGGCAUACGUUGUCGGUACAUUGAUAAUUCUAAGUAAUUUAAUUGUUGUUAUAUCCAGCGGCCUGAUACUACGACGAGGCCAGCAGCCCAAGAGCACCUACCUCCUCCUAGGAAAUGUGUCACUGGCGGACACGAUCAUCGGCGCGGCCAUCAUCUUCGGGGCUGUGAUAGACAACUCCAUGGCCUCCAACCCACUGUGCAUAUUUCAAAUUGGUAUGAUCGUGUGCCCAGCGAUUGUCUCCAUAUUCAGCGUGGGACUGAUAGCCGUGGACCGCUAUUUCUACAUACUACACGGCUUAUACUACCAAAGAUACUUUAACACUACAAGAGUUAGAAUUGCCAUUGUUAUCAUUUGGAUGAUUGGUCUAAUCCUCGGAUUCAUGCCGGUCACCGGAUGGGUCAAUAACGAGCUCAUAUACACUAGAUGUUACUACCAUGCACUCUUCCCUGGUGCACUUAUACUUUUUAACUCCUCCUUAAGUUUAAUACCUAUCACACUUGUGACUAUACUCUAUUCUAUAAUACUAAUUCGUGCUCUUAAGAACGUCAAGGAGAUAAAAGCAGCUCAAAAAUCAAUUAAUUUUAAUUCAAACACAAAUGAGACACCAAAACUAAGAAUAUAUCGAGGAAAUACUAACUUCAAUAAAACUUUCCCGACCAAACCCCAAAAAGCAUCAAUAAGACGGUGUGCGUCUUUUAAUGCUAUAUGUGAUAACUCAAAGAAAAAGACAUUUGCAAGAAAAACUGAAAAAUCUAAAAGCAUUGGUGAUCUUUAUAAUGAUAGUUUUAAUGGCACAGAUGAUAGUUCUUAUAAUAAUAACUUAGAAAAUAGCGAAGAAAUCGUUCGGAGUCAAUAUGAAGACUCCAAGUUAAGCGUUUUCACUAUUGAAUCGAACUAUUCUAUAGCAAGCAUCACAUCCUCAAGUUUAAAGUCAAAACGAUUUGCAAAUAAAUCAAUAUUGAAUAAGUUUUGUAAAGAAAAGCCCCCACCGAAGCCAAAAGAAGCGAACAAAUGGAGAGCUAUAACAGUAGUAAUGCUCACUACUGGCAGUUUACUAUUCACUUGGCUCCCCUUCUUCGUUACUGUCACUUGUUUCGUACUCUGUGAAGACAAAUUGACAAACCCUAGGUGUAUGCAGUAUAGAAUUGCGCUAGGAGGUAGCAUUCCUACCUUAGCAUUUUUAAACAGCAUAUUAAAUCCACUUAUUUACGCAUGGUGGCAUAAAGGUUUCCAAAAGACAGUCCGAACUAUGUUCAAGAAAUAUUGUACCAAUACUUCUUACUUAUCUGCUUCUAGCUGCGGUAAGAGCCGGUAGACCGCUAGAGUUAAGCCGAUAGUUAGGACAUAUUAGGGCAGUCAAUCUCAUAUAUUAUAUAUCCAUGACGAAUAAUAUUACAGAGUAUUAAUUUUAAUAUAUUGUUUAAUGAGAGUUCUCUCUGUAGAGUUGAUUACCUAUUUAGAGAUAUAGUUUAUGCGUCGGUGGUUAACCCGUUUUGUUUUCCUCUAAGCUACGUAGCGUUGAUAUUUGAUUUAUUGUAUCCUCCUUAUCAACCGCUUUGUUGGUUGCAAGGCCCGAGACGACCCCUUUAGCAUAACUUGCGUUGUUGCAAGCGACUCCGUACUUGUUUUAACAUAUGGAGUCGCGCGUGUCAACUCAAGUCAUGCUCAGCGGCCCGGUUUUUUGUACCAAAACCUAACAAUCGGCGCAGUUAUGUUUUUUACAAAAGCAACUGCCAUCUAACCGGAAGGGAAAUAUAAGUCUUAUUGGGGAUUUAUCUGGUUACCUCUCGAUGUUUUUCUUCACCAAAGAGCAACUGGAAAAUACAAGUGAUGUUUCGUAAUUUGUCUUUUCUUAUGUAGGUAUAUAAGUUUCAAGGAACUCAUUGAUACGAGACGAAUUCGAACUCAAAACCUUCUCUUUAUCACUAGGGCAACCAUGGCUCUAAGUAGACUGAAUACUAGUUAUAUCAUCGGGAUUACCUACACGACACAAUAAACUAUAUUUCACGGGUGUUCACUAAUUAUACCUGGGUGUUAACGUAGUUUUACGAAUACUAGGUACUUUGUACCUAAGAUCUGGUAGUUUCUUCAUUGCACUAUUUUGUUGUUUGUCUAACACACGAUAUUUAAAAUAAAGUCCAUGUAUAGACUAUCAUACACAUGUAACAAAAUUUUACAGGAAUAUUUGUCGCAAGCUUACCAGCUAUGGGUUGGACAGGCCAGACUUUCACCAACUAUAGAUGCUGGUAUGUUGCACUAUUCCCGAGAGCCCUGCUGAUCAUACUUUCUAUCGUUGUACUAUCAGUCAUCAUUAUGGUUUGCGUUUUAUACUUUCUUAUUCUACAUCGUGCUGUAAAAACUGUAGACAGAAUCAGAGAAAUCAAAGAAAGCUACAAUUAUAAUAUUGCGUUUGUCAACAAAGCAUUCGAAACAAUUGAAGCUGAAGACAGCAGCUCCAGCAAUGUUGACGACAUAUCGAAAACGACGGUCACUAUAACAGUAUCUAAAGAAAUUAUAACAGAAAAGGCUGGAAACUCUAUAGAAAUGCAUGCACUAAGCAAGAAAAAUGUAGAAGAAAAGAGAGUCGGAAAUAAGUUAAAACAAAAAUUUCAAUCGAUCUCUAGUUACUACGGAAAAGCGAAAGCUGUUGAUUCGCAUCCGAGUAAGUUGAAAGCUGUCAAGACUGUGCUAUUGGUUACAGCAUGCUUUGUUGGAACUUGGGCUCCAUAUUAUGUAUCAAUAAUUGUUUAUGUUAAAUGUGAUAUUAUGACCAACGGGUACGACUGCGUUCCCCUAGAAAUGUUAACAUUAGGACCAUUGUAUUUAUUAGGAGUUAGCAAUUGUCUAUUAGACCCUUUAAUUUAUGCGUGGAGACAUUCUGGAUUUAAACAAACCCUUAGAAAUAUGUAUUGGAAAUAUGUAUUAAGAUGUCUUAAAUAAAGGUACAUUCAGAUGAUAGAUCUUUGAAUGGGCCUAUGUUUAGCGUGUGUAAAGGAUGACUCACGUUAGACCGGGCCGUGUCCGGGCCGGAGCUUCCGUCGCUUACUUUUCUAUGACAUGACAGGUGAUCACGUGAUGCUUUCCAUACAAAACAAAGCGCCGGAAGCGGCCCGGUCUAACGUCAGUCAUCCUUAAUUCUGUAAGUAGUAAUAUUUAGUAACAAGCACUUUAGGUACCUACAUCUAUGCAUAUCUACCCCUUUCUAUGCACAGAGUGCUUUAAAUAGGUCAAUAAAUAACUUAUUACUAAAC